AGUUUCAAUAUUCUUAUAUGAGGAAUAUUUUUGUGUAUAUUGAAGGCAUUAGUUGAGAUCUCAAGGGGGAGAAAAUGGACUAUGUUAAUGGACCUGGAAGGAACCAUUUGUUUGUUCCGGGACCUGUUAAUAUCCCGGAACAAGUUCUCCGUGCGAUGAACCGGAACAACGAGGAUUACAGAUCCCCAGCUAUUCCAGCUCUCACAAAGGUCUUGCUUGAGGAUGUCAAGAAGAUUUUCAAGACUACUAGUGGAACUCCAUUUCUGUUCCCAACAACAGGAACUGGUGCAUGGGAAAGUGCGCUCACAAACACGCUGUCUCCUGGUGAUCGAAUUGUAUCUUUCCUCAUCGGUCAGUUCAGUCUGCUUUGGAUUGAUCAACAGAAACGCCUCAACUUCGAUGUUGAUGUUGUUGAGAGUGACUGGGGCCAAGGUGCAGACCUUGAAGCUUUAGCCUCCAAAAUUGCAGCAGAUAAGUCACAUACUAUUAAGGCAAUUUGCAUUGUGCAUAAUGAGACAGCCACUGGAGUUACCAACAACUUGGCUACUGUAAGGAAAAUACUCGAUCACUACCAGCAUCCUGCUCUCUUGCUUGUUGAUGGAGUGUCCUCAAUUUGUGCACUUGAUUUUCGCAUGGACGAAUGGGGAGUAGAUGUGGCGCUUACUGGUUCGCAGAAAGCACUUUCCCUUCCCACCGGACUCGGGAUAGUAUGUGCUAGCCCAAAGGCUCUUGAGGCCGCCAAAACUGCAAAAUCUGUGAGAGUUUUCUUUGACUGGAGUGAUUACCUUAAGUUCUACAAGAUGGGAACUUAUUGGCCAUAUACUCCUUCAAUCCAACUUUUGUAUGGUCUGAGAGCUGCACUCGACCUUCUUUUCGAGGAAGGUCUCGAAAAUGUGAUUGCAAGACACGCUCGCCUGGGCAAAGCAACAAGACUUGCUGUGGAGGCGUGGGGAUUGAAGAACUGCACUCAGAAGGAGGAAUGGUUCAGUGACACCGUCACAGCUGUGGUUGUUCCUCCAUAUAUCGACAGUGUUGAAAUCGUGAAAAGGGCAUGGAAGCGAUACAACUUAAGCUUAGGUCUUGGCCUAAACAAAGUGGCAGGAAAGGUUUUCAGAAUAGGACAUCUUGGCAACUUGAAUGAGGUAACCUUUCUCUUUACUGCAGAUUACAUGUCUUAUUACACUUUCUGUGAAGUCUAACAAGACAACGAUUACACGAUUAUUCCUCGAGCACGUGACUGCUACUAUGGAAUUCAAGAUCAUUCUUGAACAUGUGACUGUCACCAAGUUUCUUUAGAUUAUGGUUUGGUUCAGAGAAUUAGGAUAAUUUGUGUAGAGAUAACAGUUGACAUACUACCAUAUGCAUAACUGCAUAAGCUCUGGUUUGUUUGUUUAAUGGCUGCUACAACUUAAAACUCUAUACUAACUAGCCAAAAGCAUAAAAUCUCCAUGUUUAUUUUCUUUCUCAGAGGAUGUGUUUGGUUCAACUUAUAAUGAUUUUCUGAGUUCAAGCACCAAAUUAACUCAUAAAAUUUAGUGUUAAUAGUUUCCAUUUGGUUACUAGACAUAUAGUUUAAGAGUCAUAUCUCUAAUAUUUUUUGUCUCUUGAAUUUGCCACUCCAUC